AUGGGGGGCAAGUCCGCUACCAAGGCCGCUUACUUCGAUAAGCUGAAGGCCCUUCUGCAAGAGUACAAGAGCAUCUUCAUCUGCGGUAUUGAGAAUGUCUCUUCCCAGCAGAUGCACGAGAUCCGUAUCGCCCUCCGUGGCGAGGCCGUCGUCCUCAUGGGCAAGAACACCAUGAUUCGUCGUGCCCUCAAGGGUUUCGUUGCUGAGAACCCCGACUGGGAGCGUCUGCUUCCCUUCGUCAAGGGCAAUGUCGGCUUCAUCUUCACCAACGGUGACCUGAAGGACAUCAAGCAGAAGAUUCUGGCCAACCGUGUCGCUGCUCCCGCCCGUGCCGGUGCUGUCGCUCCCGAUGACGUCUGGGUUCCCGCCGGUAACACCGGUAUGGAGCCCGGUAAGACCUCGUUCUUCCAGGCCCUUGGUGUCCCCACCAAGAUUGCUCGUGGUACCAUCGAAAUUGUGUCCGACCUUAAGCUCAUUGAGGCCGGUAACAAGGUCGGUGCCUCUGAGGCUUCGCUGCUCAACCUGCUGAACAUUUCUCCCUUCACCUACGGUAUGACUAUCAGUCAGAUCUACAGCGAGGGUCAGACUUUCGGCGCCAGUGUGCUCGAAAUCGAGGAGGAGCAGCUCCUUAAGGCUUUCAGCCAGGCCAUCCAGACCAUCACCACCAUUUCCCUGGCUACCAACUACCCCACUGUCCCUGCCACCAUCCACUCCAUCAUCAACGCUUACAAGCAGAAUGUUCUCGCUAUUGCCGUUGCUACUGAGAUCAGCUGGCCCGCCAUCGAGGAGCUCAAGGACCGCAUCGCUAACCCCGAUGCCUAUGCCUCUUCUGCUCCCGCUGCCGCUGCUGCCGCCACCUCCGGUGGUGACGCUCCCAAGGAGGCUGCCCCCGCUGAGGAGGAGGAGGAGUCCGAUGAGGACAUGGGCUUCGGUCUCUUCGACUAA